AUGCCCGUCCACAAUCACAAAGAGCGCGUACCUAUUCCCCCCGUCGCUGGUCCCUCUCAAGCGACCCCUUCACGAGAUCCUCAAAGGGACCUUCGCGAGGUUGCCACUCAUGCCGAUCAUCUAAGGAGAAUCGUAUCUGAACUCCCGCCUAUUAUGCUCAAUGGGGCCGCCCGGAAACGAGAAAUACUAGAUGAGAUUGAGAGAGCAUCUCAUCCGGAGCCGACAGUGUCCAGGUUUCCCUUCCACUCAGAUACCCUUCCGCCCUCGUACCUUCCUCGCAUCAUAGCUGGCAUAUUAGGAGGCACUGGUAUCGGGAAAAGCACCCUCAUAUCGAGUAUUCUGGGCCGCACUGUCUCCCCCACGAGUGUUCUUGGAAGAGGGACUGCUGCUCCGACUAUCAUCGCGUAUCACGAGCAUGAUUGGAUCGAAGCAACACUGUCAUUCCUUCCGGAGAAAGAAUUCAGGACUAUGAUUGAGACUGCGCUGGAGUUGUUAGAGAGGGGCGAAGACGGCCGGCCGUUGACAGAAGGCGAGCUGAAGAAGGAUCCAUCUUAUGCAUUGGUGACCGAGGCGUUGGAUCUUACCAAGAAGAAACUUGCCAGUUUCAAGAAGGGUGCGCAUACUGAACGGGAAGACGGUCAGGAUGGGUCCGAUAGACGCGUUCAGGCCGUUUUGGAUCUGUAUCCAGACAUUGCCAACAUCCUAGGUACGACCAUUACGAUCCAAGAGUGUGAUGAUCAGGCGUUCGUGAAGGCCCUCGAGUCGCACAUCGGUGCCGCUAAAGAGCAUAAAGGGCCCAAGAAAUGGGCUCUGCUCGCGCAGCUCCUCGUCAAAUGUAACGCGGAUGUCUUGAAAACCGGCCUGAUCGUAAUCGACUUUCCUGGCUCGGGCGACUACAGUCCAACAGUCCUUCGUAUGAUUGCAGAGGUCCAAUCGAAGCUGGACGUCAAGCUCGUUGCUGUGCGCCCGGCGCGCGUCUCCACUGAAGCCAUGGUGAAUGAACUUAUGCGCGAGGAGAUUGAACGGCGCACGCUUCACACCAUGCAAGGACACGAAGGCGAUGCGGCUGACAAAGAAGACUUGCACAACGCCAGUUCCAGCGGACUCGCAGUCAUCAUGACACAGUGUGAUGCGGAGGCAGCAGGCGAGCUAGCGGACGAUGAUGCCACGGCCUCCAUUUUGAAGCAAGACACAGAGUAUAAGAACGUUCGUCUCGAGAUUGGGCAAGCACAGAUUACAUUGGAUGAGAAGAGGACGCUUCUAGGAAUGCUUCAAUCUCAACAAACACGGGCCAUGAAGUCCACGUCAUCCGCACCCGGAUCGAAACGCGUCUCCCAGUACAACCUUCGCUCGAAUUCACCCCCUAAACGCCCUCGUUUAUCAGGCUCGAGCGCAUCAACGUCAAGCGUACGCGACGUUGCAUACGAGGAUGCGGACGAAGAUAACCUGCGCACUAUCGUCGCGAAACUGCAAGACGCAGAAGCAGAAGUCGCGCGAGAGCAGGCGCGCCUGGAGAAUCUGGAAUCCCAGCGCCGAGCUUUGGAAUGGAUCGCACGACAAAAGGUGCUCGGGGCGCAUGUGCGGCGACAUUUCAACUCGCACAUGUGCGCAGCACGCUCUGCAGCUGCCCCCGACAGCAGCGAAGAUGAGGACAUGGAUGAUGAUGAGCGCGAGGAUUUCUCUCUGCCCAUCUUCACUACAAGUGCCAAGAACUUCAAUUAUCAAUCUCCUGGCGAUGAAGAUCUGAAGGGACACACCGGUAUUCCCGCCCUUCGAAGCUUCCUCCUGUAUCAAGGCGCUCGCGCUGAAGACCAGGCCGUCCUUGAUCUCCUUCGACAGUUCCGUGAUGAAGUCAAAUCGACGCACACACUCCUAACCGCCAAAGAUCGUGAGACGGUGGGAGAGAAGGUUGCUCGUGAGAAGCUCGCUCUCCAGCAGCGAUGGGCUAGUGUCGAAGCCGGUGCCGACGCUCGAGGCGUCGCGGGGACAUCUGCCAAUGCCGCGACGUCGGGUUCAGGCAUACGCGAUAGUCUGAACGCCAUAUUCGCCGCCACGGUUGAAGCCAAGAUUGAGGAGGCACGCGCCGGCCUCGAAAUACUCAAAGAGACUUGCGAAGCAGGGGCAACUGUUGCUGCUCAGAACGCGAAGGCAACAGCGCAAUCUUUGGUCGAAGAGAAGAUCCAUUGGGGCAAACAUCGUGCAGUUCUCAAGAACCACGGCACGUACAAGGACGUCAAGGACUACAACGUCGAGUUGACGACGCCGUUCAUCGCGGCUGUCGAGGAAGCCAUCGACAAAUACCGGCAGCAUGGCAUCGUCUUCGGGCUUCCCAACAAGAUCAAAGAGCAGGCCAACGCGUUCUUCGACGAGGUACACGAUUCCGUGGAUAAGUGCGACAAGUCUCUGAAGGAGGAAGUGUACCUUCGCAUUCACACCUGUCGUGAGGAUCGCUUGUGCAGGGGCCUGUCGCGCAUCAAGAAGGCGGGAAAGGAGUUGUUGAAGGAGAAGCGGGGUCUCUCGGAGUCCACCUUCUUUAGCGACGCGGUCAAAGGUCUACUGGGAGAAACCUAUACGGAAUCUGUUAAGCAGCAUAAAGGGCGCAACAGUAUCGCCAAGAUGAAGACGCACUUCGUAGAUGCUGUCGGCGUAGCGGCAGACGCACUGUUCCGCGACAUGGUGCAAGACUUCCUGAAGCGUCAACGCGAGCUCAUUGACGAUGUUGAGACCCUCGUCAAGAAAGAGUUGAAGCGCGUUGCCCGGAAGUGCGAGAUAGAGAUCUCGAAUGCCUGGGUAGUCCCGGAUAACGACAAGGCACAACUUGAUGCGCGCGCCGAUGCUGCCAAAGCAGUUCAUAACAUUGAACAGCGCCUCGCUGCUCUAGAGACUGAACUAGUGGAACGGAUGAAGCAGGCCGAGAAGGCAGUCCCGACUUGUCAUCCUCUUUGCAACGUGCCAAAGGAUGCGACCUCUUGA